AUGCACACAAGUUUCACAGACGCAGAAGACAAGCUGCUGGUGCAGAUUGCGUUCCAGUUCGAGAAGGAGGGCUUACGCGUCACAUGGGACUACGUAGCCCGCCAAAUGAAGACCAAGCGGUCCGCCCGCCAGCUGCGGCUUCGGUUAGCCAGCCUAAAAAGGACGUACGGGAAGGCAAUUAGUGGUUUCCCGCCAUGUUUUCUUCGCGGCAUGUCUUCAAGACGUCUUCUCGGAGCACCACCACAACCACCACCACUCGUAUUGCAACGACCGGUACGACCAGCCUGCCGACCUCCAGCUACUCCGUCGAGUGCUAAAGGUCCCUACGGUGAUCACCACGCGCCAGGUGAUGACAUAUCUGCGAGUGCCACGAGUGGCAAAGAGGUGCCGGAUAGCAAGGAGAAAGAAAUCCAAGGUCGCUGUGAUCAGGGUGGAGGUGGCUGUAUUGAACUGACUUCAGAUCUUGUGGAGAUAAUGUCCAAGCUGCUGAAGCUGUUGAUAUCAUUUUUGGAAGUAUCAGUGCUCAUGACGUCCGCCAACCCGCUGGCCGCACUUAUGACAAUGCGGGUGAGGUGGUACCGUCUGGUGUUACUCUCCUACUUGCAGCCGUUGGCCUAA